AUGGCUGUCUCCAAAACUCAGUGCGACUUCUUCAAAGAACAUGGAUAUCUCAUAUUGCACGAUGUGCUCUCGAAAGUGGAAGUCAGCGACCUUCAAAGCUGGGCACAAGAGGUGCACGACUGGCCCAGGGAACAGGAUUCGCCUUGGAUGCCAUACGAGGCAUGCAUGGAAGUAAAUGCUCGAGGGAAACGAGUCCUGUGUAGGACUGAGAACUACGCCAAUUAUCAUCAAGGUUUCAACUCGCUGCUUCGUGGACGCAAGCUGCUUGAUAUCCUGGAUCAAUUGGCGGGAGAAGAGAUGCUACUGUUCAAGGAGAAGAUCAAUUACAAGCUGGCGGGCAGCGGCGGAUUCUCUCCGCAUCUCGACUCGACAGCGUACACGCAUAUCAAAGACAUCAAGCACUUGACUAUCCUUUUGGCGGUUGAUCCGUCGAACCCGACGAACGGUGGUCUUGAUGUUGUGGACGGAAGCCAUGAGAUGAAUGUCCCGAUCGCUAAAAGCGACAAUUGCAUCGAGCCGGCGUGGGUUGAGAGACAGACCUGGACGCCCGUAAAGUUGGAAGCUGGUGAGCUCCUCGUCUUUGGAUCAUAUCUGGCGCACAGGAGCGGCGCCAAUACGAGUGCCAAUGAUCGCAAGGCAAUCUAUGCCACGUAUAAUUGCAAGAAAGAAGGAGAUCUCCACGAUCCGUAUUACGAAGACCGCCGGAAACUUUGGCCUCCCACGCAUUUGAGACAGGAGGGUGAGCAGUACUCAGAAGGCUCACUGAGAUAUGGAUUUGGUUCUCCGAUGCUCUCCAUAGGGCUGGGGAAGCAAUUCGUUGUAUGA